GGUGGCUACAGCCCGCCGGCGUGGAGGCGGCUCGGAAACGGGGACCGGUCGAGCGGGUUCUGGCGGAUGGGCGAUGAUCUGCUGGGGUAUGGCGGACUUCCGCCCUCGGGCUCGGGCUACAGAGGCCGAGACUUGUUGAGCCCCGGGUAUGAUCGUGCCGACGACGGGUUCUACGGCUGCGGUGACGAGGUGAAGCUGGACGACGACGACGACGACGACGACGACGACGAAGAUACGCUGGCCGCAGCGAUCCGUACGCGUCUGCCUACCGGCAGCAUGAGCCCUGUUAGGGAGCGCAGCCUCGAACCAGGGUACUACUACAACAGGCUGCGCUCGAGGUCUGCCAGCAGAGGAUUUGGUGCUCAGCAGCGUGCAACGACCCCUGUCGAGGCAGUCAUUAUCAAUCCCGUGCGCAACAUCUACCGAAAAGCCACCAAGAGCUGGACGUCGCUGCUCCUGUCGGUGUUUGUCGCCUUCAUGUCGCUCGCCGCGGCGCGCGUGCUGUUUGAACCCCUGGACGAGAAACCCGUGCCAGACCUGAUCACCGUCGCCAACCUCGCCGCGGGCUUCGAGCCGCUCAUCUACUACUCGGAGAACAACUUUGCUCAGGUCACCGACCUGCGCGACAACGGCAUCGCCGUCUGGGAUCUGGGCGAGACGGUGCGCUGGAGCAACCUCCCGAGCGCGCCGCUCAUCUCCAAGGCGCUGAACGAGCUGAGCGAGAGCUUUACUGCGCUGCCUAUCGAGUUGAUCAAGUUUUUUGCACAGGUGGAUGGAGAUAUUGAUGGCAUCCUCAUGGCCAUGCACCUGGCCCGCCGCGAGCUGUCUCGCGUCUCCAGCACGCCCCCGGCGCCCCUGGCCUUCGCCUACGACAACCUCCACAGCCGCCUAGCCUCCGCCGGCAUCCUCGAGACCCCGACCGGCCACCCGACCCGCCUCGGCGCCAUCGUGAUCAGCAUCUUCGGCAUGUCGGGCCCCCAGCGCACCCAGCGGGCCCUGCAGCGCGCCUUUGACCGCCUCAUGGACGUGGUCGAGCGCGCCAUCGACAACGAGCUGCAGCAGUCCCUGACCCCGUUCUCCCUUUUCGAGGCCGUGGACCAGCAGUUCCUCGUGCUGGCCGAGACCGUGGUCGAGGAGGCCAACGCCCAGGACGAGAUGUACGCCGACCAGCUCAGCUCCCUCUGGGUCCGCCUCCUGGGCACAAAGAUCAGCGAGCUCAUGAAGUACGAGCGCAACCGCCUCAUCCUGCAGGACGUCCGCGGCACCACCCUGCGCACCAGGGGCAUGCUCGUCGAGCACAACCACAAGCUCCUCGCCCUCAAGGCCAGCCUCGAGACCCUGCGCCAGAGGCUGGUCUCCCCGCUCGCCCGCUCCGUCAACAGCACCACCCUCUCCAUGGACGAGCAGAUCCGCGGGCUCGAGGAUGUCAGGCUGCACCUCGAGGGCAUGCGCAGCCGCCAGAAGACUAGGAUGAUGGAAAUGCUGGUCGGGACCGGCAGCGGU